AUGCGCAGCCUCUCGCGUGAAUUCGCAAUUAUCGAUUACGCGGGGCGACGUUUUAAUCGAGUCGUGGCUAAGCGGAGUGGACGGGCGCGGCGGACACGUGCUGCGGUCACGCCCGCCACGGAGUCCGGGGACGUCACGAAUCACGGUGCUCACGACGCCGCCGGAAUCCGACAACGGGCUGGGCGGAAAGCACGUGGCACUGACAGCAUCCCUAACAGAAACCAGAGCAACUAUUUAUACUCUGUGCCGAACAGCCGCCACGUGAUACUUUUCAGAGGACGGACUCGCCUGCGCGCACAUGUUAUCCUAAGGAGAAGCGUCGUUGAAGCAACCUUGCCCCGGAAACACGUGUCCCGCUUUGCAUACGUCGACAACAAUGGGUACAGCUUGGCCGCUCAUUUGGCAUGCGCCAUUGCGUCACCGCGAGCGAUGGGCAUCAUCGGCCGAAGCGGUCCCGAUCCUUGGCCAGAAGCAAUU